AUGGCUCUUAAGGUCCUCCAGGUUAACCUUAACCAUUGUGCCCGGGCCCAGGACCUGUUCGUUCAGACCAUGGUCGAAUGGUCCACGCAGGUCGCCGUGGUUGCGGAGCCCUACUUCAUCCCAAGCAGGAGUGACUGGGUGGGUGACGUGGAGGGAGUCGUUGCGCUCACUGUGUCCCGGUCCCCGAGACCCCUGUCUCUCGAUGGGGUUCGAAGGGGCCGCGGUUACGUGGGUGCCACGGUCGGGGGCACUCUGGUCAUCGGCGUGUACUGCGCCCCGAGCAAAACCCUCGCCGAGUUUGAGAGUCUCCUGGACCAGAUUGGUACUCUCCUGCGCAGAGAUCUCCCCCAUUCCGUGCUGGUGAUGGGGGAUUUCAAUGCCAAAAACUCGGCCUGGGGUGGCACCGCCACGAAUGCUCGGGGUGCGGUGCUGGAGGAGUGGGCCCUGACCACUGGACUCUGCGUCUUAAAUCGGGGGUCGACACCCACUUGUGUCCGGCCGCAGGGCACGUCGGUUGUCGACCUUACGUUUGCCUGCCCUGCUACCGAGAGGCGUGUAUGUGGUUGGGAAGUGGUUGAAGAUGUAGAAACCCUUUCGGACCACCGCUACAUUCGCUUCGCCUUGUCGGAGACGCCCACGCCCCCAAUUGCUCAAGGGCCCCAGCCACCUCGCAGGGAUACCCCACGAUGGGCGCUGAAACGGCUCGAUCAGGAGGUUCUUGCUGAAGCUGCCCACGUGGAAACCUGGCUUCCUGCAGACAGCUCGCCAAGUAUAGACGGAAGGGUUGCCGCGCUCAUUGAGUCGUUGACUCGUGUCUGCGACGCCUCAAUGCCACGGCAAGGCCCAGUCCCGCUGAGGAAGCAUGUGUAUUGGUGGUCUGCGGAAAUAGCGGCACUGCGCACAGUGUGCGUAGCCGCCAGACGCCGAUACCAGCGGCAGCGACGGAGGAGGCGGAGGGACGAAACCGUCGAGACCAGCCUCCUCAACGCGUACAAAGCUGCCAGGCAUGACCUCAGCCGGGCCAUCCGUGUGGCGAAAGACAGGGCGCGCGAGGAGUUAAUCGACUCCCUGAAUAGGGAUCCGUGGGGUCGUCCCUACCUGAUGGUGCGUGGAAAACUCCGGGCGCAAGCGGCACCAUUAACGCAAAGCCUGCCGCCCCAACUCGUGCGGGAAGCUGUGACCUCCCUUUUUCCCCACAAAGAGGCACACCCGCCGCCCUACAGGGUACCGAGGGAUGGUAGCCCUGAAACUGGUGAGGACAUAGCUCCUGUCUCCCCGGCCGAGUUCGGUGCGGCGAUCCAAAGGCUGCGCGCUAAGAGGACGGCCCCCGGGCCAGACGGCAUUCCGGGUCGUGUCUUAGUCCUGACGGCAGACAUUCUCAUACGCGGUGUCGACGUGACGUGUUACGCCGAUGACACGCUUGUGACGGCGAGUGGGGCAACACAUCGUGAAUGCGCAAUCCUCGCGACGGCGGGAGUAGCCCAGGUCGUGGGGAGGAUUCGGGCCCUAGGGCUCGAGGUUGCCCUACAGAAGUCGGAGGCCCUCUUCUUCCAUGGCCCUCGGAGGAGACCUCCCGCAGGGUUGCGCAUCACGGUGGGCGGAAUCGACAUCCGGAUCGAGCCUCAAAUGAGGUACCUGGGUCUUGUCCUGGAUGGUCGAUGGAGUUUCGAGGCUCACUUCCGGCAGUUAGGCCCUAAACUUCUGCGGACGGCUGCGGCUCUCGGCAGCCUGCUGCCUAACGUCGGAGGCCCCAAGGCGGCGUGCCGACGCCUGUUUAUGGGCGUCCUCGGUUCGAUGGCCCUAUACGGCGCGCCCAUCUGGAGCGGCGCCCUAAACAGGCGAACGGUCGAUGUACUGCACCGCCCGCAGAGAACGAUGGCGAUAAGGGUGGUGCGAGGUUACCGGACCGUCUCUUACGAGGCGGCCUGCGCCCUGGCCGGUUCUCUGCCGUGGGCGUUAGAGGCGGAAGUACUGGCGGCGGUUCACGCUUGGCGUGAGGACCGAGCCCGAACCGACGGAUCUGUGCCCCUCAGGGUUGAGGUCGACAGAUUUCGCCGGAGCAGACGCAGAGCGGCAGUGGCCAGCUGGCAAUGCCGCCUCCGCGAGCCGAGGGCUGGCGCCAGAACAGUUGGGGCAAUCGGCCCAGUUCUGGUGGCAUGGAUGAGGAGGGAGCACGGGGCGGUAACCUUCCGUCUGGCACAGGUGCUGACGGGACAUGGUUGUUUCGGCAGCUACCUGUGCCGGAUUGGGAGGGAGCCGUCCGCGCAAUGUCACCACUGCGCCGAUUGUCCCGCUGACACGGCUCAGCACACGCUGGCGGAGUGCCCUGCCUGGGCGUCGCAAAGGCGAGAUCUGGUGGCGAUAGUGGGCCCGGAUCUUUCUCUGCCGACGGUGGUUCGGAGGAUGUUGGGGUCGGACGGAGCCUGGAGGGCCGUCCAGACAUAUUGCGAGGACGUGAUGUCGCAAAAAGAGGAGGCGGAGAGGCUGAGGGAGGCGUCCAGCCAGGACCCCAACCGAAGCCGCCGCAGAGGAGGAAGGAGAAGGGCUUAUGCCCGCCUCAUCCCUCCUUAGCAGU